AUGAUUAAUAUAAUCAUAUUUUUUUUCAUUUUUCCAUUAAUCUAUUCAAAUCAUCAUCUACAUUCAUUACCAUCAAUUAUAAUCGAUCCAAAUAAUUAUUCUGAAUCGGAUAUAAUUCUUCAUAAUUUUCAACAUCAAUUUCAUUCAACAUAUUCCUAUCGUUGUUUAUUACAAACUGAAUCAAAAUAUUUUUAUCUUGAUUCAUCAUGUCAAUUAUUAACACGUUUAUCAUUAAAAGAAAUAUGUCCACUUAAUUAUACAUUAAAAUUAGAAAUUGUUUUUCCACAAAAUACAACAAUAUAUGAAUUAAUAAUUGAAUUAAAAUAUAAAAAUUCAUUUCAAUUUAAUAUUAAAAAUAAUCAAAAAAUUAUUAAUUUACCAUUCUAUUGUAAUAAUAAAAAUGAUAUUAAUAUUGAAAAUAAUAAAAAUAAUGAAUUUUUUAUUGGUAAUGCACAUAUAUUAUUAAAUAAAGAUUAUGAAGAAAAAUUAUGUCAAUUUGAAAAAAAUCCUUAUCGUAUUAAAUUAAAUGAAAAUGAAUUGUAUGAAAAUUUUUUACAAAUUAAAACAAUAUCAAUAUGUUCAGCAACAAAUUAUUUAUUAGCAUCAUCAAAUUCAAAACGAAAUUUUGAUUAUUUUACAUUAAAUUCUUCAACAGGUUAUUUAAAUUUAAUACGUCCAUUAGAUUAUGAAACAAUAACAACAUGGAAAUUAGUUAUACAAGGUCAUGAUAAAUCUUCAAUACCAUUUUAUACAUAUGUUAUUAUUGAUGUUGAUGAUAUAAAUGAUUGUCCACCAUUACUAUCAUGGAAUUUUCCAUUACAAACAAUUGAAAUUCUUAAUGAUACAGAUUUAUUUAAUAUUGAAAUAGCUAUACAUGAAUCAAAAGUUGAACAAAAUAAUGUUAUUAUUGCAAAUUUAAUUGCAUCUGAUUUAGAUACAUCAUCAAAUAUAGAUAAUCAAGUUAAAUUUCAAUUAAUUAUUAAUUCAACUGAUUUAUUACCAUUUGAAAUUCAUGGACCAUUUGCUGAUUCAACAUUUGUUUUAUCAACAAAUCAUAAACUUGAUCGUGAAUAUCAUGAUAAAUAUAUAUUAAAUUUAAUUUUAACUGAUAAUGGACAACCGAAAUUAUCAUCAUAUUAUAAAUUAUUUAUUUAUUUAAUAGAUGAUAAUGAUAAUUUACCUAUAUUUGAUAAAUCUAUUUAUUAUGUUGAUAUACAAGAAAAUAAUUUAAUUAAUACAAUAUUAUUACAAGUUUAUGCUAAUGAUUCUGAUUUAGAUGAUAAUGGAUAUGUUACCUAUGAAUUAGAUGAUAUUAAUAAUAAAUAUGUUACAAUUGAUAGUCAAACAGGAAUUAUAAAAACAAAAAUUCAAUAUGAUUAUGAACAAAUUAAAAAUUUUACAUUUAAUAUUACAGCUAUAGAUCAUCCUAAUAAAGGAAAACAAUUUAAAACAACAGCUAUGAUUUCAGUUAAGAUUAUUAAUCAAAAUGAUAAUAUUCCGAAAUUUCCUCAAUCAACAUAUGAAUUUUCAAUUUAUGAAAAUAAUUCUCCAAAUAGUUAUAUUGGUCAAGUAAUUGCUUAUGAUAUUGAUAAUUCUUCACUUACAUAUUCUCUUGAUAAUCCAUCUAAUGAAAUUUCUUCUCUUUUUCAAAUUUCAUCAUCUGAUGGUAAAAUUUAUGCACUUAAUCCAUUGGAUCGUGAACAAACUGAUCAUCAUAUAUUUUAUAUAAUUGCAUCCGAUGGUCAUUAUAAAUCAUCGCGUAUUCAAAUUCAUAUAAAUAUUCUUGAUUUAAAUGAUGAAAUACCUCGUUUUAUAUUUCCAAAUGAUCAUAAUGAUACAUUAAUUAUUGAUCGUACAUAUUGGCAUAUUAAUGAUUAUAUAUGUCAGAUAGAUGUACAAGAUCAUGAUCAAAUACCAAAUCAUACAUUAAUGCUUGUUCAUCAACUUAAUCAAUUAAAAAAUUAUGAUUAUUUAGCUGAACAAAAAUCUUCAUUAAAAUUUGAUUCAUCUAAAUUUUAUCUUGAUGAUCAAGCAAGAUUGUUUUUUAAUUCAACAAAUAAUACAAUAUUAAAUGAAGGUGUUUAUUAUUUAGCAUUUAAAAUUAUUGAUGGUCAAAAUUAUUUUGAUGAAAAAUUAUUAAAAUUAAUUGUUGUUGAUAAUUAUGAACGUGUACAAACAAUUGUUAAACAAUAUGAUUAUCUUGGUUCACAUUUAAAUAAUCGUUUUUCAUAUUUACAAUAUCGUUCAAAUAAUAAUAAUAAUAAUAAUCAUCAUUUAUACCAAUCACGUCAUUCAUAUUCAUCAUCAUCAUCAUCAUCAUUAGAUCAAUCAAAUAAAUUUCUUGUUUUUAUUAUUAUAACUGUAUUAAGUAUUAUACUUAUUGGUAUAACAUUUAUAUUUAUAUCAUUAAUAAAACGUAAAUCAUUUCAACAAAAAGAAUUAUUAAAAAAACAAGAUUCAUUAUCAACAUCAUCUGGUACACAACAACAAUCUGAUUCUUCAACAAUGAAUUUAUUUAAAUCACCAACAUCAAAUAAUAAUGAUAAAAGACAAAAUUUACGUGUUAGCAAUUGUUAUGAAUAUAGUAAUAUGUCAUCACCAUCAUCAUUACUCGUAUUAAAUAAAGGUUCAAUAACACCAACAUCAUUAAUUAAUGAUAAUUGUUGUCUAUUAGAAAAAUUAAAUGAAAAAGAACUUUAUGAUGAACAAAGAACUAAGGCAUAUUCAUCAUGGAUAUUAUCAACAUCGAAUCGUCCUGAUUCUCGUUAUUCUCAACGUAGUAAUGAUUCAUCAACAUUUCAUUCACUUAAUCGUCUUUCUAUUCCACCACAAAUACAUUCAACAACAAAUUUAUCUCAACAAUUAUGUUCACCUAAACGACAUUCAACAACAACAUAUGAAUCAUCAACAACAGCAUCAACAAAUAAUUCAAAUCUUCCACCGUCAUCAACACCAACAGAAUAUACAGUUGCUAUUGUUUCAUCAUCAUCAACAAAUAAUUCUCCACAUACACCUGUUAGUUCAGAUGAUGGUUUUUGUGGUUCAUCAGAUAUAUCAGAUCCACCAAUAAAUAGUGGAAGUAAUAGUUUAAUAUCAUCACAUCCCCAUCAUACCUAUCGUCAACCAUAUACAAUGAUGAAAGAAGGUAUUAUACUUAAAAGUCAACAUUCACCAUCAUUUACAACAUUAAUUAAUCGUUUUAAUGAUUCGACAGUAACAACAAAUGGAACAGAUACAACACGACGUGUUCGAUUUAAUCUUGAACCUGAAGGAAAACAUCAACAAAGGACUAUUUUACCAUUACCAACAUCAAAUUCACCAGAUCGAUUAGCUGAUCAUGCUUUAAGACGAUUUGAACAAUUGUAUAUGAGUCGAGAUAAUGUUUUAGAUAAACACUCGGUCGAUUCGACAGUAUUAUAUACAAAUUCGACAGUCGUCUAG